GCAUCUAUUGUUAUGCUUCACCCCUGGGCUUAGGGAGAUAGCAGAUAGUUUUACCUACCUAUACGCGUCAUUCAUUUCAAGAUCCUUCUAUUCACUCCCUCUCUCACUUCCAAGCCAGCCCACUACAAUGCCCGAAAUUGCCGAAGUUGCUCGUGUCGUUCAUUUCCUUCGCCAACAUCUCGUUGGCAGAGUCAUCAAGACCAUUGUGGCCCUUGAUGAUAGCAAUGUAUUUGGCAAGGUCGGGACGAGCGGUCCCGCCUUCCAAACCGCUCUAACCGGCAAGAAGGUGCUAGACGUCGGGAGUCAGGGGAAAUACUUCUGGAUGGUCUUGUCGAGUCCGCCGCAUGCCGUUAUGCAUCUGGGCAUGAGCGGCUGGGUGCAGAUCAGGGGCAUCCAGACGGGCUACACGCGUUAUGUCGAGAGGACGAAAAACGACAAAGAGCUCUGGCCGCCCAAGUACUGGAAGUUCCAUCUCGAGACCGAUGGCGAUCCCGCGGUAGAGGUCGCUUUUACUGACGCCAGACGCUUUGGACGCAUCCGGCUCGUGGAGUGCCCCGGCAAAGAUAUUAGGAUGCAUUCACCCUUGGUCGAGAACGGGCCUGAUCCCGUGGUAGACAAAGACUUAUUUACCGAGGAUUUUUUGAAGCUCAAGAUGAGAAGUAGACACGUCCCCGUCAAAGCCUUGCUGCUCGACCAAUCAACCAUCAGCGGUAUUGGGAACUGGGUCGGUGAUGAGGUUAUGUACCAAGCCAAAUUGCACCCGGAGCAAUACUGUGACGACUUCGAUGACGUAGAUAUCAGCACCUUGUACAAGGCUAUCCGAUAUGUAUGUGACACCGCCGUGGAGAAGCUGGGGAACUCGGACAAGUUCCCCGAGGACUGGCUGUUCAAGCACCGCUGGGGCAAGGGGAAGAAAGAUUCCCCCACCACCCUGCCGAACGGCGACAGCAUCACCCACAUCACCGUAGGCGGGCGGACAAGCUGUGUAGUUCCCAGCGUGCAGAAGAAAAAGACGAAGAGAGGGCGCACGAGUCCAGAUGAAAUCGAAGAAGAGACAUCCCCGCCACCAAUAAAAGAUGAGACAGAGAGCCGCUUCUUCGAGGGCAAGAGUCGCAAAGAAGCAAAUGGCGAGGCGAGAAUGGACGAACGUCCGAGCAAGAAGGUUAAACCCACCAAGUCGAUUCCGGUUAAACAAGAAGAGGAUGUUACUAAGCCCAACCCUACCAAAGUAGCACGAAAACCCAGCAGGCAAAAGAAAGAGGAGGGGGAGGAGGAAAAGGCAUUGAUCGAGCCUCCAUCCGAAACAGGGAGGAGACGGUCAAGGAGACUCCAACAUUUAGGAUAGCAGGUAUGACGCGUAUAAUUAGAGCUACCUAGGUACUAUGUAGGAUAGGACGAACAUGUGGUGCUGUUUGCUAUCACAUACCUAGACAGAAAGACAAAACACUCAUAUAUGAGAUAAUGCCAAGUGUACACUAUCACAAUGCCAUCAAAAAAUGGUAGAAUGGGGUCGAACUGAUUAUUUGACUUCAGAAUUCCUGCCUUCCUACCUACUACCUAGUCGCAAAAUGCAGAUAGAUAGAUCUACCCUCCCAAGGUACUCCGUUAGGUACCAGUCCCUACGUGUAAAAUCAGCAUUGAAUCAAAUCAACCCGCCGAGAUUACCGUUCCCAAAAGACCGAGACUCCAAUGC